AACCAAGAAAAUAGUACGUGUCUUGUUUGAUAAAAUAUAUUUGUGACAGAUGAGAUGACAUCUAGUAUUAGGUUAAGAAACAUAUGAUGAGCACUAAUUUGAUUUCCAAACCAAUGUUCUAAUCAGAAAGCAUCAGUGACUACUUUUGAUAUAAGAAUACCUGUGACAUACCCCAUACUACGCAUGAUGUUGAAAUAAAAGGAAAAGCAAAUGUGUUCUGAAUAAGUGAUUAUUUUAUGGACAAAAAAAUACCAUGCUAAAAGGGUAGUUUUAAGAAUAGAGAACAUAUUUUAUAUAUAUUGGUAGAGUCUACAGAGAAUAGAUAGUGCAUAAUUGACAAGAUGGCAGAUGGCAGGUAUUUUUAUUACGAAAGAGGGAACGAAAUAGAUGAUCGACAAAAUCAUAACAGACACACCAGGGAAAAUACGUAUUCCCGUGAAGACAGAUAUCACGAAAGAGAAUAUAGAAAUCAGCGUGUACGACCAAGAUAUGAUAGAGGAGAAUGGGAUGAAUAUGUAUAUCCCCGACAUCCAAGAGGGAGAGGAGAUUAUUAUCUACAGGAUGUAUAUAGAAAUGAUUUCAACUACGGAGAUCGUAGAAAUCAACGGGGAUAUUAUCAUAAUCGGAAUCCAAAUUAUACAAAUUGUGACAGGCGUUAUUCAUCAGGAAACUCUCGGGAAAACCAGAAUAGACAAGAUAGAGGACAUACUACUACUAGAAACUCUCGGAAAAACCAGCAUAGACAAGAUAGAGGACAUGCCACUACCGGGAACUGGGGAGGUUAUCCUGAUGAAUUAGGCUGGGGAAACUACCCGAAAGAAUAUUCAUGGGAAAAGAAGCCUUUUGGCCGUAAAAGAAAUACCAAUUCCUCACAUGACCUGGCUGGGCCAGCUGAUGGAUGUACGCAAUUAAUUGGAUGCAAAGUUGACAGUCAAGAAGAAAGCAAAGACAAAUACAAAGACACCAUACCAGGCAACAUUGAUACUAAAACCGAUACCAUAGGUGAAGCGUCUGCACAAGUUUGUAAAACAAUCCAAGCAACUGAGUGUGACAAUUCCCAUUCUGCUGCUGCUACCAAAACAUGUUAUAUUGAUGAUAGUGUUCCAGAGACCGAAGUAAUAGAGGGGCUGAUGAGUACACUUGAAGUGUUUUCAAAUUCUUCGGAUGAACUAUCAAAAUCUGAUACAGCAGUGGAAGUAGAUGUUGGAGUGCUGAUUAAGUUAGGUUCAACGUCAUCUUCUAUUUCCUUAGCAUGGAGUUUUCAAAAACAAAACAUAGCAGAUUUGAGUUCAUAUGAAAUAAAAUACAGAGAAUGCAACACUAAAAAUUUAAAAUGGAUUUCUGCAAUCACAAACGAUGAUACCUGUAAGUGGACCAUACAAGAUUUACUUGGAGGUACUGAUUAUGAAUUAAAGAUCCGACCUCUGAAUGAAAACGGUGACGAAGGUCCAUUCAGCCGCCCACCUGUGAAAAUGUCAACAUCGUUAUCACUUGCAAGCCAAAUGAUUCUAGAUGCUGAAAAGAUAUCUGACGGAUCACCUAUGGUAUACAAACUGCCACUGACUAUACCACAAAAAGCAGAAAACUUUGCAGUUAAAACAAGAAAAUGCAUCCUUGGACAAAGAACAGCCAGUUUCAGUCAAGAGAAAACCAUAUUACUUGUCGGGGCUACAGGAUCUGGUAAAACGACUCUUGUCAAUGCUAUGGUGAACUACAUCACAAAUGUCGCAUGGGAUGAUACAUUUAGAUUCACUGUUAUAGAUUUGACAGACGAUGAAAAAUUGAAAGAAGACAAACAGGACCAGUCUCAAACAGAAUGGAUUUCAUGCUAUACUGUUCAUCAAAUGAAUGGCAGCAAUAUCAACUACAGUAUCAAUAUUAUUGACACCCCUGGAUUUGGCGAUACUCGUGGAAUUACAAGAGAUAAAGCAAUCGUCGAUCAAAUGCGAACUUUUUUCACCACCCCAGGAGAAUUGGGAAUAUCUGUCAUUGACGCAGUGUGCUUUGUCACCCAAGCACCACUGGCACGAUUAACGCCUCCACAAAAAUAUAUAUUUCACUCCAUUCUUUCGAUUUUUGGUCAAGAUAUUGCGAGUAAUAUUUUUGUUCUUGUAACAUUCGCUGAUGGCAAAGCACCCCCAGUUCUUGCUGCGUUAGAAGCUGCUAAUGUACCAUAUAAUAAAUACUUCAUGUUUAACAACUCUGCUUUGUUUUCGAAUCCUCAAAAUGACAAAGAAGCUGUCUUUGGAAAACUUUUUUGGAAAAUGGGACAAGAGAACUUGCGUGUUUUUUUCGAGGAAUUACUUACGGUUGAUCCAAGAAGUUUGCAACUCACAGCGGAAGUUUUAGAUACUAGACAAAGACUUCAAGCAACCGUACAAGGUUUGCAAGUACGACUUGACGAAGGAAUGAAUAAACUUAACACUAUUCGUCAAGAAGAAGAAAUAUUGGAAAAACACAAAACGGAUAUUGAAAAUAAUAGAAAUUUCACCUACACUGUGGAUGAGAUCCGAAUGAAGAAAGAAUAUUUGCCUCCGAGGCAAUAUGUAACUAACUGUUUAACAUGCAAUAGUACAUGUCAUUUUCCAUGUCAUGUCCGUGAUGAUGAAAAGAAAUAUAAAUGCAGCGUUAUGUUUGACAACUACUGUACUGUGUGUUCUAACCGGUGCCAUUGGAAAAUGCAUGUAAAUAAUGAUUUUCGCAUCAUUUCAUAUAGUGUUCAAGUUGAAAAAACGUAUGAAAAUCUAAAGGAAAAGUAUGAACUUGCAAAAGAACAAGAAAAAAAGCAGAGGUCAACAUUAGAUACAGUUAAAUGCGCAUUCUCAUUUCUCAGAAAAUUGGUUAUGGACAUGAUCAAUGACGUUCGUAUUCAUUACAAUAAACUAAGCAAGAUCGCGUUGCGACAGGAUCCUUUAAGCGACGUUGAGUAUAUUGAUAUACUGAUCGAGAAUGAAAAAAUUGAGAGGAAGAAUGGUUGGCAAAAUAGAUGUAAACUGUUUUGUAAACUUCGAGAUGAAGCUGAACUUAUGGCCAAAACCUCAGAUAAAAAUUUCAUGCCAUUUGGAGAAAACCUAAAUCCUUGAUCGUAACAUGACGAGCCUUUUAAGGACGAUUUGUGCGUCUGGCGUACAACAUUUAUUUCGGUUCAUAUGAUGAGUUAACUUCACAUAGAUGAUAUACCUAUAAUAAAUUGUA